GAUGUUCAACAGACAACCCUGAAAAUCUGUGACCAUUCACUCGCCCAGAACUGUCUAAUCGGUCACUCAGGAGUCGUCUAGUAUCAGGUGAGGUUUGCUGAAGAUCGGAUUUCGGGUGUAAGAGUGUUUUUAGCGAGAGAAGAGCACACCUGAAGACAGCUAGCCGACUUGUCCCCGCCCAUUCACGGAUGACCUCACAGGGUGCGCCGGCGCACUGGUAGUUGUCAGUCGCCAUUUUGAGCCUUACGGCCAAAAGGAAGCCACUUCCAAGCUGUCGGACGACCCGCUGGCUGCUGUAUAUCUUCGUGUUUGGAAACAGUUCCGUGGGCAUCGUUUGACAAGUGUCGCUCUCAGAGCGAUCAUUCAUCCCUUGUGUGGUAGAAACUUGCUUCGAAGACAACUUCUGACAGUUUGAGGCCGAAGUGUCACUGUAAAGCGCUCACAGACAGGAAGAUGAGUUUAUGACCAACAUAGGAAGUAGGUAAAGAGUAACACCAUAGAGAACAGCAAAUCAAGAUGGGUGGUAUAGCGAGACUCCUGUGCAUCGCAGUCGUCUCAACUUCCAUUGGUGUGGUGUGGAUGCAGUCUCAAGGCAUAGAGUGGAUACCGACCCCGUGGGAUCCAGUGAUCUUCGAACACCCCCAAAAUCCUACGGUGUACGACAGGGAAAAGGCCUUGUCCGAGGGCAUCAAAUACGCUAACCUUACGUGCAGAGCCAUUGGUAGACCAUAUACCAACUACACAUGGACAAAAGAUGGAGUAGAAGUAGACUUGACAUCGGGAAAAUACACCAUAGCAGGCGGAUUUCUAGUUAUCUAUAACCCGACAUAUCCUGACGAUGAGGGGACGUACCAGUGCAUCGCUUUUAACAUGCAUGGUGCUGAUGUUAGCGUUCCUGCACAGUUCAAGAUGUCACACGUUGGAGCGUUUGACAGAACUCCCCGCUCUCCGGUGACUGUAACUGAAGGAAGGGGAUUCAAAAUUGAGUGUAAAGGUCCGGACGCCUAUCCGGCUCUGCACUACGGCUGGUACAAGGGCUUCAUAGGCAACCGGAUCAUUCCGAACGAACGGAGAUACAUCUCCCACGCGAACGGGGACCUGUACUUUAAAUUUUCCAGGGUUAGUGAUGCUGGGGAAUACAGAUGCUUCGUCCAGAAUCAACUGCAGACGGACUUCUUCGGAGACAUAGACAACAGGUCUAGCCCUGCGAUUACAGUAACUGUGAAUCGUGACCUUAAUCCUCCUAUCAGAGCCAGAGAACCCGUGAUCAUGCUCAACCCAGCCGACAUCGAUCCAAUCGAACAGUACACUGCAGAGUUGGAGUGUUUCGAUGACGCAUUUCCCGCAUCUGACAUCCGUUGGAAACGACUAGACAGACCAGCGAGGGAAGGCGGUGUAGAAAUAGAGUUCCCAGCAAGGGCCAGGUUCAACUCGCACUCCCACGCUCUUAUCAUCCCGGAAGUCACCGAAGCAGACGGAGGAAUCUUCCAGUGCAUCGCUAGCAACGAGAAAGGAUCCGUCUCACACGAGGGUAGAAUAGAAGUCAGAGUACCACCAAAGCCUAAGGUACUGGAUUCCGAGAAGCCCCUCCUCGUAGGAGGCACGGAGACCUUCUCCUGUGAGUCAGAGGGAAGUGAACCUCUCGUGUACAGUUGGUACUUUGGAAGGGACAAGAUAGUGACUGAUAACGUCAAGUACAUCGUGGCCACCGACAAACUUACUGUCAAGAAUCUAGAUCUCGAUGACAGGGGGAGCUACCGAUGCAUCAUCACGAACGACUGGGGAGUGAACGCCACUGAGAUCCGUCUGACUGUUCGAAUACCGAAUAUCCGAAAACCGAUCAGUCAGCAGAACGGGAUGGAGGGGUCCGACAUCACCAUGAAGCUGGAGUGGGAAGCCUCCCCAGCUCCCACCAUGGAGUGGAUCAAGCAGAGUGAGGUCAUCGCAAGUAUGACCCCGGAUGGAGUGAUGACGUCAGUAAGCUCAAAGUACAACAUAACGAAAGAGGGAUAUCUUGUGAUCAGGAAUCUUCGCCCAGAAGAUGCAGGAAGCUACAGCUUCAGAAUUCAAAACGUCUACGGCAGUGUAGAUACCGCCGGAACACUAUACGUAGCCCAGCAAUCGCGCAUUGUACAAGGCCGUGGUCCAACAAAUAUCAACAUGGAACAAGGAGGCACUGCAACCAUUCCAUGUGAGGGACAGAUAGACACUCUGCUGGAAAGUGUCAACUCCUGGUUUGUGGACGGCAGGAAGAUAGACUUUGAGAAGGAAUCAUUCAACUACAGAAGGGGGCCUAAGGGAGAGCUGAUCAUCCAGAACGCAAACGUCAUGAUGCACGAUGGAGUGUACACAUGCGCACUGGACACUUCUGUUGAUGAACAGACCGCAAGCGCAAGGGUGCAGAUCAAAGGUGUGAGCGAGGCACCAGUUGGAGUGAAGUUUGAGAACGUGGGGUCCAACACCGCUACUCUCCGCUUCACUCAAGCCAACACCAAUGGAGACAGCUGUAAGGAGUACGUGGUGGAGGCGCAGACAGAGUUCGAUGACAUUUUCUUCACGGACAGACUGUGGACCCAGGUUUGGAGGGGAUCACCAAAUUCCCUUAGAAACGCCCGAGGUGGAGGCAAGACACUCAACCUGAACAACCUGAAGCCGUUUACCGAGUACAGCUUCCGGGUUAUGUGUAUGAACUCAUACGGCAUGGGUGAGCCGAGCUGGCCGACUGAGAAAAACAGGACCUUACCAGGAGCCCCACCUCGAGCUCCAGGGAACCUUGGUUACGGCAAUGGUAUGGCAGGGGAUGUGCUGAUGAGCUGGGAGCCACUUCAAGAAUCAGACUGGGGAGAUAUCACGGUCGGAUACCGUGUACGGUACCGCCGACAGGGCAGCGGGGCGCAAUACCGGGUGGUCUACAUCGACAACCCUGAGGCAUCAGCCUACGCGCACACCCAGCCUCCAGCACCCGUCAACGUUCCGUACGAGUGUAAGAUCGCGGCGUACAAUAACUACAGUGUUGGACCGGAGGCCACGUGGAUAGCCUACUCAUCUUCAGGCCUACCUGACUAUCCAAGAAACCUAGAAAUCAUACAUGCAAGAAACGAUAGUGUGACGAUGCAAUGGGACAAGAUCCCGAACUUCAACGGCCCGAUCCCGUUCUGGGGUGUCCGGUACUGGCGGGAGGAGGAUCGCCCAAGGACCGCUCGCCGUACUAAACGUGCCAUCGGCUGGUGGGAUACUUGGCUUCGAUACAUCCCAGAGGAAGAGGAGAAGGAUGAAACAGGGUUCCAGUACGCCCGUCUCUAUGACGACGGUAUCACAAAGGUGCCUGGACCUUCCGGCAAGGAGACGUACAUACUUCGUCAACUUCAGCCAGACACGCUCUAUAACUUCCAGGUCCGAGCCAACAGCCAUCCGUAUUUUGGUGAAUACAGCAACAUCACCCGUGCUAUCACAGAGGGAACAAGAAAUCCGUGGCUCGUAGGACUUCAGGGCAGCUGGUGGGUGCCGAUGCUGUUCUGGCUCAUGGUGACCUUGUUGAUUGCCCUGCUGCUGACUCUCUGCUGUUGCUGCUGUCUUUGGUGCAAGAGGAGACGGCGUCGCAGACCGAAAAGUGAAGCCUUUACCAUGUACGAGAGGAACGGUAGACCAUCCAACUUUGGUGUAGAUAUUAUGACACCCUACCACAAAGGACGCCUCAAGAGACUACGGGACACUAUCAUCAGAUACGUUAGUCCUGACCCUGUCGCUGAUCAUCUCGUUGAAAGAGAGGUCUUACCCCAGGCAAUGGCAGGACAGAUCAAGCAGAUCGAAGAGCCCGAUUUGGCCAAUGAAAGGCUGUUGGACAUCCUACCUAACCGUCCUGACCACGCCUUUGACCACUUCUGCGAUGGAGUCCGCCCUGAACAUCCUUGGCUGUCUGAUCUACUGGAGGAGGCGGAACCGGAAAUGACAGACGUUCACAUGUCCAAACUGGAGUCCUACCGGAAACCCCUGGCUGCUAGUGUUGACCCUCAUCCCGUCAUCAACCAUAUGAGGAUAAAUGAGUACUUCAAUCCUAUGGAGGCCAAGGAUCUUGCGAGCAUUCCCAGCAGAGAGGAAGCCAAUAAUGUGGUGAUCGACAUGGUGAAAGAUCGUCCUGACCCCGCCUUCUACCACUACCUGGCGUGUGUCGGGCAGCAGGAUCCGGAUCUGGCUGCGGAGAUCGGAGGACCUGACUACCAGCAGGACUUGAAGCUUCACCUGGCUAACGGGACCAGGUCCACGCCCCGCAUGUUCACCGACGGACAGUACGACGGCGAUUUGAGUGGUAAGGACGCUAUGGGUCUUAGGAAAGAAACCGGUUCGGACAGGCCAAUACUAAACAACGUUGAUGAGUUGAAGAUGUCGAACAUGGUGGCUGUGGAGCCAGUGGAGAUGAAGAUGUCGAAGAUGGAUGCUGUGGACGCUCCAAACAUGUCAACUGGCCUGGAAGGGUACAACGAUCUCCACAAAAGUGACUCUCAGAUUCUAGAUCCCAACAGGCUCGGUAGAGCAUCGGGACCCAUCAGGGGUUCUGGUCUCGGUGUCGACGUCAACAUCACCCGUGACGGAAAACCCAAUAUCCAUGCCCAGCAGGUGAUGCAGCCAGAGGAGGAGAUGAGUGUGGAUCCCCCGGAAGUCCACCCGUUUGAGGCCCAAUCCGGCAGCACCAUCGAAGUGGAGAACGGGCAACCCGUCAUCAUCGAGAUUAUCGGAGACGCCAAAGGAGUGCGCUGGCUGUAUGAAGGAGCUUCACUGCCCAACAACGACUUCUACCGACAGAGCACGGAGGGUGAGGAAUUUCACUCCCUCUUUAUCGCCGAGGUGACCCGCCAGAACCAGGGAUGUUACACCUGCGAAGGUACCACCGACUCGGGCGUCGUCAACUGUGACAUCUUCAUCAACGUCCGGGAACCGCAGUCCCAGCUUGUAUAGAAACAAACAUGGCUGUUCAAUUUGCAAACAUUCUGGACUGCCCAAAUGUCUAGCGGAGAAUACCACCAUGUGCGAAUGAAUUGUGUGGAAGGCAAACUGUUGUUGGUGACUUACAGAGGUUUCAGAACGGUCAUGUAAAGUAAGCAAGGCAUCGUAUGGGAAGCCAUUUCAGCUCCAUCAUAGCCUGGGUACCAUUCGGAAAGUAGUUCGCUCCGGCGUUAAUUAGACGCUAUACAGUCGCUUCUCGCCCUGACAUUUAUCAUACAGUAUAUACAGUCGCUUCUCGCUCUGAUAUUUAUCAUACACUAUAUACAGUCGCUUAUCUGCUGUUCCAGAUAGCAGAUGCGAACAUAGGCAUAGGAGUUAACUACUAGCCGGAUGGUACCCAAGCUAACUCCAUUAUACUUUCUGUAGCAAUACGUGGUAAUGUAUUGUACAGUUGUUCUUUUCACCAAUAUCAACAUUUGAUACAUUGCAGCCGUUCUGAAUCACAACGAUUUUCACUGAUUGCCAUUGUAAUCAAACACAACACGUCUUUUGUCAAGUCGGUGCCAAUGUCAGCUUUUCUUGCAUUUUUUGUUCUUCUUUAAUACUUAAUUCUAGUUCAAAUGAUGUUACAAUGAUACUCUUUAUCACUAUUAGUUUAGAUUUCCGAUAUUCUACUGGGUAGGUGAGAAUCAGACGAUGUUAAUAGCGAGUAUGACUCAUCUUGAACCUAUGUGGAAAAUUGGAGGUCAACUGUGAUUAUGAAUUGAGCACUAAUUAUGCUCACCAUUAACAUCAAUUAUAAACGUCCAUUUGAUCUACGUAUAAUUUGCUCAAUAGAUAUUAAUUUAGAAUAUUCUGAAAUGUUCAAACCAGUAAUUGGAAUUAAGUGUUCAUUUUUUUUAAAAUGCUAUAGUUAAGUGUUCAAUUUUUUAAAGAUGCUAGACUAUUAUGUUGUACAUUUUAGACAUCAGUCGUAGUUUGUAGCGUUAAUUGAGUUUUACUUUCAGUUUGUGUAUAUUGCAUAGGUAUUGAAUGGGUUGAGGUCUCAGUUAUUCUAUAAAUCCGUAAGACACAUACUUGAUUGUAGUCCAUUUUUUUUUGUAUGAUAUUUUGACGGUUAGGGUCACUGCAAAUAGGAAAUGUACCUUAUAGGCAAUAUUCAUCAGCUUAGUAGGUAUUGAAGAAAGGAACUUGUGAUGGUCGUUUUGUACAUUUUAUGUCAGCAGGUGAAAAAAUAGAGGUAAAGAACUUUUGUACUCAAUCAGAGACCUAUAUUACAAGAUUUAUAGCAAAA